CCGACGCCUGUGGUGAAGCCUCUGGUCAUCCCCCUCAUACAGAAGAACAGGUGGUCCCUGCAAAGCAAGACCAAAGAGAAGGCUGAAGAUGACGCCCCCCCGAUGGAGGAGGAGGACGCCGUUCUCUCGCAGGCUGUGCAAGAGCUGAUUGCAGAGUCCCGGAAGACGGAGGUGGAGGAUUCCGGGGAUCAGUCGCUCAGCAUCCCCCUCCUCCUGCAGAACAAAGUUCCCACCGGGUUUGAAGAUGGAGACAAAGUGAAUGUGGACCUGAGGCCAGAACCUGCGGAGGCGGCAGACUAUGAAGUGGUUCCUGUGGAGCAGUAUGGGAUGGCCAUGCUUCGAGGAAUGGGCUGGAAAGAGGGGGAAGGCAUUGGGAAGACGUUUAAACAAGACAUUAAGCCUAUGGAACAGAAGUUGCGCCCCAGAGGUCUGGGAUUAGGCGCUGAUCGCGGUGCUUUACAUGAUCUGGAGCCCCAGAAACCCCGUAAGCCCCUGAAGCCCGGCGAGGAGCCCAAGGAAGAAGCCAAAGGCCUGGGCACUGGAAGUGCAGUUCUGAUACAGAAUGGAACCCACAAGGAGCUCUACGGAAAGGUGGAAGGCAUUGACGCGGACAAUUGCCGUGCGAUGGUAAAGCUGGCGAUCGGAGGAAAAGUGGUGACGGUGUCGCAGUUCGGGUUGAAGUUGGUCAGCAGCGCAGAGUACACAAAAUACGCCAAAGAUCUGAGCCGGUUUAGUAAAGCGGAGAAGAAGAGGGAGGAGAAGGACGCCAAAGAGGAGAAACCCAAAGAGGAGAAACCCAAAGAGCGUUCCCCGGAAAAGGAGAAGAGUAGAAGAGAGGAAACCCCGGAGGGGAAAAAGAAGGAAAGUUCCGGCAGCAAAAGACCCCAACCGAGGAGUCCCGACAGAGACAAGAAGAAACCCAAGCAGGAGGAGCCCAGCUGGUUACAUCGGGAUCUGAAAGUGCGCUUCAUCAACAAGCACUAUAGUGGAGGGAAAUAUUACAAUUCUAAGAUGUUGGUGGAGGACGUCGUGAGUCCCACAAGCUGCAUUUGUCGUACAGAAUCCGGACGGAUCUUAGAAGAUAUAAAACAGGAAAUGCUGGAAACGGUCAUACCAAAAGAAGAGGGAGCCCAUGUCAUGGUGGUUCUGGGCAAACAUCGGGGGCAGGUGGGGAGAAUCCUGCACAGGGACCGGCAGAAGAGCCGCGCUCUGGUACAGUUACAGGGGCACCAGGAUGGUGAGGCCACCCUCAGCUAUGAUGUCAUCUGUCACUACACCGGGGAGUACGAGGACUGACACGCCCCCGAGGAGUUCAACUUUUUUUUUUAUAUUCAGGUUUUAUUGUUGUUGUAUUUUAUUUAACGUCUGUAAAUAAAGUUUCUGUAAAAAUUA